GUAUCUAUUUCUUUCACGCUUAAGUGUUGUAAAACAAAUCUAAAAUUCACCACGUUUUCUACGAAAGUAUGCAUACGUUUCAUGUGCAAAGUUUGCUUUGCUUUGUAACUGGUAGCAGUUUUUCAGUAAUAAACUGGAACGUGGAAAAAGGUGUUUUAAGGUGGAAAGUAUUAAAAUAUUUAAAGUAAAUAAAAACUUUUCGCAUUAUUAAGUUUUCUGCACUGGGAUGUGUGGAAUAAAAAUUCUUAAAGAUACAAAUAUAAGGACAUAGAUCUAAUGUGCCCAUUCAUGCAAACAAUAAGAUACAUUAUUUGGCGGUAAAGAAGAAGUAAGAACACAUCUGAUCUGUAAUUAUGGAAUCGUUAAAUGGAUCUGUAGUCACACCCGUUGAUAAUAUGUCUAAUCAUCACAUAAAUCCGCCCGAACGUCGUUGCGAGAAUCCAGAUUGCAAUGUGGUUAAGUUAGUGUCUAUGGUGCCGAAACGUAAAACCACCCAAUUUAUUUCUGAACCUAUGGUUAUGGAGAAACCAAUGCUGGUAAAUGGAUUUACGUCGGUUUUCCAAGUAGACGGCAGCUCCGCUAAGUUAAUGGACAUAAAAAAUCCGAGUGGCGAUAGUGCCACCAAAGCUAUUUAUCGCAUUGUGCCUAACACUCAUGUUCAUGUAGUUAAUUAUGUGGUAGUAGAUACAGAUGAGGCCUAUUUGCGUAAAAUUAGUAAGAAUGAUCCGGCUACCAUGCAGAAAUUGUUAGCCUCACAAAAGGAAAGCGCUGAUCAAAUGUUAAAGAAAUUAAUGACUGGACAAGGGAAUGCAGGUCUUGUGGCUCCUACAACCGCACCUCUCGUUUCAACGGUAAACGCAUUGCCUAUGCAAAGUUCGGCAAGCUCUUUGACUAAUGUAUCUACCACUCCAGUAACCAGCGGUACUGUAAUGCCCGCGUUAAAUAGCAACUCGUCGCCUAUAAAAUUACCUGUACGCAUGCAUCCGAACUUGAAGAUAACUGCAGUAGCCAGCGCAGAAAGUGUGCCUACAUUGACUGGUAUUGCUUCAUCCAGUGUGAUGACGCCUGCUAUUCCCACAUCUACAGUUUCUCCCUACAUAACCCCGGUACCUUUAGCUAGUUUACAGAAUGCAGCGCCUUCGUCUGGACCAAAACAACCUGUGCAACCAAUAAUAGCUAUGCCCUUAUCAGGACCUCUAUCAUGUGUUACCUCUCCAGUUAUUGCGGAUACUGUGGACAAACCGGUUUUCGAUAAAAUGCAAGCUGAACUCCAAGAACUUCGACGAACUGUGACCAUGUUGGCUGAAGCUCAAGCAAAAAAUCAGCAACAGCAACAGAUAACCACACAACGUCAUGCGAAAAGAUCUCGAACUAUUUCCUCCAAAAUCGUCUCAUAAUUUGUGUUGAUUUCAGCAAUGGAUAAAUCUAAGUUUUCCUGUGCUUUAAGUUUGCCCAAGUUAGGAACUUUAAUCACAUAAUACUUAAAGAGUUGUAUUUGCAAAUUACUGAUUUGAACACCUUUAACUACAUUGGAUGUGCAAAUAUUUUAUUUAAUAUAUGGACGUGGAAAUUAAUCUUCCGUGAUCAUUUAA